CCGUCCUUAAAGGGCAGUGCGAGCCGGGCCGCUCACCCCUCCGGCCCGCCAACUCCCCUUCAGGGGUGAUGCUGGCAGCGCCGCGGCACCUCCUCCGCUCACUCUUCAGCUUCACCUUCAGGAUGAACGACUCGGCCUCCCGGCUGCCGCAGCGGGAAGAAGCGCUCCCCGGCAGGAACCAGCACAUGCCGGUGGCAGAUAAACAUCAUGUCAAUGGAAACAGAACGGUAGAACCUUUCCCAGAGGGAACACAGAUGGCUUUAUUUGGUAUGGGCUGUUUCUGGGGAGCCGAGAGGAAGUUUUGGAGACAGAAGGGAGUCUACUCCACUCAAGUGGGUUAUGCAGGAGGGUAUACUCCGAAUCCUACCUACAAAGAGGUCUGUUCAGGGAAAACCGGCCACACAGAGACUGUACGAGUAGUGUAUCAGCCAGAAAACAUCAGCUUCGAGGAAUUGCUCAAGGUCUUCUGGGAGAAUCAUGACCCGACACAAGGAAUGAGGCAAGGUGGGGAUGUUGGCACACAGUAUCGCUCAGCCAUCUACACAUUUUCUCCUGAACAGAUGGAAGCUGCCUUGAGAUCUAAGGAAGAAUAUCAAAAGGUAUUGACAGGGGGCGGUUUUGGUCCCAUCACAACAGAAAUCCGGGAGGCUCCAGAGUUUUAUUACGCUGAAGAUUACCAUCAGCAGUACCUCAGUAAGAACCCUGGUGGAUACUGCGGCCUGGGGGGAACAGGGCUUUCCUGCCCUAUUGGGAUCAAGAAAUAGCUUGUGCUUACUCCACUGCCUCUGCUUUGCUUUAGGGAAUCUGAAAAAAGACCGGCAACCCUGAUAGAUAUAGCAUGCCUGCAUCAUUACUGCAUAAAGAUUUGGGAACCUGUUGGGGUGGCUUUCCAUAAUCUGAGCAGUUUCCCAUUCCCCAACAUUAAAUGCCAAGCAGAGGCAGAAAUUGCACCUGUUGGCAAAUGCAGCCUCUUGCUCCAUGCAGCUCAUGGGUUUUCCUUGCAAUGUUGUAAUCUGGAGAGAAAUUUAUAAAAGUUUGGCUCAAAAUGCUGUUAAAAGGAUGAAUUGGGAUGUUAUAGCACCUGCUAAAUGCUUUGCAUAGCUAAGGCCUUCAGGUAUGUUUAUUUGCUCGGGUUAAUAAAUUUGUUUAUGUUAUGAUAGCUUUCACAUAGAGACAUGGCUGAGCUCAUCUUAACUAUCACAAACCUGUAAUCUGAUGUCUUUGAGAAUGGUGAAUUUAUAAGAUCAGUGAUUCUCUCACAAUUAAAUUUUCACAACA